GGUCAACCCUAAUCAAAUAAUUUUCUCCGGUACAAACCAACUUUUUUCAAAACAAGACCAAAAUUUGAAAGAACAAGAAUACAACAAUUUUCCUUCUUGAUUUAUCGUUCAUUGAUGGGCACUUUUUAUUUUUCUUCUUAAAUUCAUACAUCUUUGAAAAGUAUGUUCAUUCAUUGCUUUUGAACCCCAAAUUUUAUUUGAAAUUUCGAUUAUAAUUUCCAUUUUUGAACAUUUUUCUUGUAAUUAUUCAACAACUAUAUUUAUAGGAAAAAAACCCUCUUCCCCAAUUUUACAUUUUAAUGGAGUCAUCUGGUGUUAGACCUCAGUCAUUUGGACAAACAGAGAUUAAUUGGGACAAACUUGACAAGAAAAAAUUUUAUGUUGUUGGAGCUGGACUUUUUACGGGGAUCACAGUGGCUCUAUAUCCUGUUUCUGUUGUGAAGACUAGACUCCAGGUUGCUUCCAAGGAUAUUGCCGAUAGAAAUGCAUUUUCAGUUGCCAGAAGCAUAUUGAGAUCUGAUGGAGUAGCUGGUUUGUACAGAGGUUUUGGCACAGUCAUCACUGGUGCAGUUCCAGCAAGGAUUAUAUUCCUUACUGCUUUGGAGACCACAAAGGUGGCGGCUUUCCGAAUGGUUGAACCACUUAAGUUGUCUGAACCGUCACAAGCAGCCAUUGCAAACGGGAUUGCUGGCAUGAUGGGUUCACUCUGUGCCCAGGCUGUGUAUGUUCCAAUUGACGUGAUUAGCCAAAAGUUGAUGGUUCAAGGAUAUUCAGGCUAUGCAACAUAUAAUGGCGGUCUUGAUGUCUUUCGUAGGAUUAUUAAGGCUGAUGGUGUUCGGGGACUAUAUAGGGGAUUUGGUCUAUCUGUGAUCACAUAUUCCCCUUCCAGUGCUGUAUGGUGGGCCAGUUAUGGAUCUAGUCAACGCUUAUUCUGGAGGCUUUUAGGAUAUGGAGGUGAGCAUAAAGAGGUUCCAAGUCUAGGGGAAAUUCUGGGUGUUCAAGCUGCUGGGGGUGUUGUUGCUGGUGCUACAGCUUCGUGCAUCACAACUCCGUUGGAUACCAUCAAGACUCGCUUGCAAGUUCAGGCACUGGGACAAGAAAACAGACAAAAUGCAGUUCAAGUAGUAAAGAAAUUACUUUCAGAUGAGGGUUGGAUAGGUCUUUAUAGAGGACUAGGUCCUCGAUUCUUCAGCAUGUCUGCUUGGGGAACGUCCAUGAUACUAGCUUACGAAUAUCUCAAGCGAUUGUGUGCAAAGGAGGAUUAGAUAUACGUGACAAGAUAUUUGCUGACUGUUUCAUCUUCCAUGUAAGAUUCAGCUUACUCGAAAUGACUAAGAUUUUAGCCACUUUUGGCCACUCUUUUACAACUUGGUUUCAUGACUUCGGUUCUGAUGAUCCAGGAACGAUUAUUAAAGUCCGUUGGAUUCGCAAAUUGUUUUUAGCUAGACAUCGUUUCUGUAACCCAACAUUCAUGUGAAUAACCGAUCAUGGCACAUUUUUUAAAUGGAUGCGAUCAUUGAUUUUGUAAGUGUAGAUUAGAAAGUUGGGAGACAUUCAAUAGCCAUUUUUCUGUAUAUGAAUGAUUAGUUGACUACAUACAAAUAGUUCCUUGGAAGUUGGGACUUGUCAAGUACUGAUACUAGGAAGUAGUAAGAUGAGUUCAUUUUUGGUAUACAUUCCUUCUUUUUGUUGGGAUUGAUUCAUGAUAAACAUGUGAAAAAUACAGAAACAUUUGUUACGUUAUUCAUUUUUGUUUCGGAAUGUGUAUUUACCAUCGUAUUUCUUUAGUUACAUCUAUUAGACGGAGAAACUAUUUUGGCUAUAGAUGUUCAAGAUAUUUGUGAAAUUUCCUGUGGAAGUUGGAUAUGUCUGUGGAGCUCAAACAACAUUUUGCAUCCUGCUAUCCGGUCACGCAGCUUAGGCUUGAAGUAGGGAAGGCAGCGGAUCCUAGAUCCAACCUGAUUUUGUGAAGCUAGAUCCGUUUAAUUUGGACCCGUUGGAUCCAAAUUCAUAUAUUGAUGGAUCUAAAAAUUGGAUUCAGAUCCGUAGAUCUAAGUGAUGCGUUUUAUUUUGAAUAAUAAAAAUCAUGUAUAUAUAUGAAAGUAAAUUAUUAUGAAAUAUGAACCUAUUGCACAAAAAUAAGGCCGUAGCUGCACGCCUGCACUUUCGAAUGCUACUGCCUAUUGUAGGCUAAGUCUUAUAAGUGGAUUAUGUUAUUAAGAAACUUUUGUUUAUUUAAAUAAAUUUUUGGAAUCAAGUUGAUAUUUUGAGGACAUUUAUAGUUCGUAUAUUGUCGACAAAUGCAUUUUAGAUUUUAAUUAAUAGUUUAUACUCCAUUAUCAUUAUUAAUUAAAGUCUAAAUAUCUACCGUAAUAUGAGUCGAAAUUCAAUCAUACUUAAAAAUAAGCUUGCACAAAUUGAACCAAACCUUGGAUCCAUAGAUUUGAAUUUGAGUUUAAAAAUAGACUCGUGGAUCCGAAUCUAAAUUUUUUAAAAAGAAGAUCUUGGACCAGGUCCAAAUUAGGAAAUAGUUGCACAAGGACUUUGGAAACCAACAAGUAAUACUCCCUCCUAUUUAUUCAUCUUAGGUGUCCCAUUUACUUUUAAGACACUAUUCAUCUAUCACUCUUAAACUGUAUUU